UAGCAAACAAAGGAUAACUUCUUCCUUAAGUCAUCUCAAAAUUUGCCCAAUUUCUGCGCCUCCCUUAUCCGGUUAUCCAUCCCCAUGCACAUAUAAAAAGUUCCUUAAACUCCUCUUUAGCUCUCCAUUCAUCAGAACCCGUCAGAAUUUGGUCAACCCAAAAAGCAAGAAAGGCCGUUUUUUUUUUUUUUUUUUCUUUCUCUUCCUUCCUUCUAUUUCUAGUUUCUUCUUCAAUUCCAAUUACUAUAUUAUAUCCAGAGGAAUGGUGAAGCUGACCAUAAUUGGGAGGGUGAGUGAUGGGUUGCCUCUUGCGCAAGGCCCAAGGUACGUUAACGAAGAAGAGAAUGACAGCUUCUCAACGUACAAGCAACAAGGAGAGUUCAUUCUCGAGGAAAUCUCAAGAGCUGCCCUCCCCCUUUCCAAUACCAACAUUCGCAUUGAUCACCAUUGCUUCUACUAUAUAGUGGGGCAUGGAGUUUGUUUCAUGACCCUUUGCGAUUCAUCGUAUCCGCGGAAACUGGUACACUGCUAUCUGCAGGAGUUGGCUAAAGAAUUUGAGAAGUUUGAUACCAGCCUUGUAGAAAGAAUAACAAAACCAUACAGCUUCAUUAGAUUUGCAGGUAGUAUUAUUGGAAAUAUUAGAAGGCAGUACGUGGAUACUAGGACGCAGACAAAUUUGUCAAAGCUGAAUGCUAAAUCUCUGCAAAAUGUGGAUUUCGUGACAGAGGACUUCUCGCAGAUAGUGAAAAGAAGGAAAAGAUCCUACCUGCUAGAAAGAGCAACGGAAUCAUCAGAACAGGUUUCACAAAUCUGGGGUUCUAAAAAACUUGAGGUCAUUGCACUGAAAUGGACGCCAAUUACGAUUCUCUCUUUUGUUGGUGCAAUUCUUUUAUGGACCAGCCUAAUUGCCAGAGACGACCAGGGAGUGUAUGGAUACUAGGAGUGCUAACAUGAGGCAAGUAUAAAGCUUUGGGGGAUUGCAGUUGAAGACAAUAUCAUGAUUUGUGUAACUUGUACCCCGUGAUGGCUCCUCAUACUGCCAUGUUUGUGUAUAGAAGCGUAUUCUUUUCUCUUACUUACCCAACGAACACUGAUGGAAGUAUUAACAAAUGCAUAAAGCAGUAUGUCUUGAGUGAGCAUUGCCCCUUAAGACAUUUACCCUGAA